UUAUAUCUACUUCUACAAUCAUAUAAUUCUCUCUCCAUAUUCACAUAUACACCAUAUUCUAAAUCUCUAUUUUGUGUGCUAGUUUCCAUUAAAAAAAAAAAUGUUGGGUAUUUUCAAGCAAGGUUUGGUUAGUGCUCCAAAAGAACUCAAUAGCCCGUAUUCGUUUCAUCAAAAACAUGAUCAAAAACAACUAGAUCAAGAUCCUAUGAAGGAAUUCUUAAAAUCUAAUGUCAAUGCUUUCUCAAUUUCUUUUGCCAAUGAUGUUUCCUUGGCUUUAAAUCCUUCUUCUCAUUCUACAUUUGCCCAACAAAGGUUAUUUAGUAGCAUGGAUGACAUAUAUUGCAUAUUCUUGGGAGGUUUAAACAACUUGUGCACUCUUAACAAGCAAUAUGGGCUUACCAAGUUAGCCAAUGAGCCUAGCUUUGUGAUCCAAGCUUACAAGACCCUUAGAGACCGUGGCCCAUACCCUGCCCAUUCGGUCCUAAAGGAUCUAGAUGGCAGUUUUGGGUUUAUACUCUAUGAUCUUAAGGCUAAAACUGUCUUUGUCUCACUUAGUGCUGAUGGAGGAGUGAAGCUUUUCUGGGGUAUAGCAGCUGAUGGCUCAGUGGUGAUUUCUGAUAACUUGAGUGUCAUUAAGUCAAGCUGCUUUAAGUCAUUUGCUCCUUUCCCAACUGGAUGUAUGUACCAUACAGAAGGAGGGUUGAUGAGCUUUGAACAUCCAAAGAACAAAAUGAAGGCAAUUUCAAGGGUUGAUAGUGAAGGAGUAAUGUGUGGAGCUACAUUUAAAGUUGAUAUAUAUUCAAAGACACAGACUAUGCCAAGGGUUGGAAGUGAAGCUAAUUGGGCUACUUGGGGCCAAGGAGCUUGAAAUCCACCAUCUUUAUAUAGUUUCUUGUCUAGUUGUCUUUCAUUGAUCUGUUUUAUUGUUUCCUAAUGUCUUAAUAUUCUACUUUUGGGGAUUGUAAAUUUGACUUUUAAAGUCCCAUGAAUUGAGAAGUAUCCUGUUUUGCUUUGCUAAAA